CUGCAACCGUGGCUUGCCUUCCGUAGCCAUUGCUCAUAAUUGUAGUGGUGUCUCUGUCCAUGGGAAUAGGUGGGAUAAGGAGCCUCUCCCUGUGUGGGUGGGUGUCAAUUGUAGCCUUUUUUGUUCUUGGCUUAUCUACCGCUUCUUCCUCCGGCAAGAUCCACACAACAAGUGUUCUGGGCGAUAAGGGUACGUGUGUCCCUUCUUCCUGCGGCGACUUCCAGAACAUAAGCUUCCCUUUUCGACUGAAACAUGAUCCAAAGCACUGUGGCGGCCAAGAGUUCUUCACUUUGGAAUGUCACAACAACAUCACAGUGCUGCGCCUAUUUUCUCACGAGUACUACGUGAAGGCCAUUGACUACGAUAACAGGACAAUCCGAGUGGUAGAUCCUGGCCUUGAGAAGAACAACUGCACUUCCCUUCCUCGUUUUCCUUUGGCCCCUUCUAACUUCAGUUAUGAUUCAAUAGGUGAAACAGUCUGGCCAUAUUCAUAUCUUGUAACUUUCUUGAAGUGUGCAAAUCCAGUGAAUUCUUCUCUGUAUGUGAACACUGCUCCCUGUAUUAAAUCCAAAGGGUAUGGUUAUGCCAUUCUAGACAUGAGUCCGCAAGAUGUGGAGAUUGGGUGCAGAAUAGAUUGGAUGGGUAUGAUCACUUCGAUGCACGGAAAGGACCGAAACAUUUCCUAUCAAGAUAUACACAAUGAACUGGUGUAUGGCUUUGUGCUUCAAUGGUAUGAUUUCAGUGUCUGCCCCGGUAAUCACUGGCAUUACAUUGAUCGUCUGCACACCUAUGCACCAUGUUAUCGGCGCAGCAUCUCAGGUUUCUUUAACCUUGUGUUGACGGUGUUAAUCGACCGUGGUCAUCUUUACUUGGAUCUUAUCGUUGCUGCCAGUGUUGUAGGGGUAAAACUUAUAUUUGGAGGUCCGUUUGUGAUUGCACUUCUGAUAUACAAGUGGCGAAGAAGACAUUGGUCAACCUACAACACUAUCGAAGAUUUUCUGCAUAGUGACAAUUUCAUGCCUAUAAGGUACUCUUACUCCAACAUUAAGAAAAUGUCUGACGGAUUCAAAGAUAAGUUGGGGGAAGGGGGUUAUGGGUCUGUAUUUAAAGGCAAAUUACGGAGUGGCCACUUUGGAGCCAUUAAGUUAUUAGGCAAGUCUAAUGCUAAUGGUGAAGAUUUCAUGAAUGAAGUAGCUACUAUUGGAAGGAUUCAUCAUGUCAAUGUGGUUCAGCUUGUUGGUUACUGUGUCGAGGGUUCAAAGCGUGCCUUAGUAUAUGAUUUCAUGUCAAAUGGGUCUCUUGAUAAAUACAUUUACUCUAAAGAAGGAUCCAUCACUUUAAGUUACAGGAAAAUGUAUGAGAUUGCAGUUGGAGUAGCUCAGGGUAUUGAAUAUUUGCAUCAAGGUUGUGAAAUGCAAAUUCUACAUUUUGAUAUCAAGCCUCAUAAUAUUCUACUUGAUGAGAAUUUUAUCCCAAAGAUUUCUGACUUUGGGCUAGCGAAACUAUAUCCAGUGAAUAAUAGCAUCGUCUCUUCAAUGGCAGCAAGAGGCACUUUGGGAUACAUUGCUCCCGAGUUGUUUUAUAAAAACAUUGGUGGUGUUUCAUACAAAGCUGAUGUCUAUAGUUUUGGAAUGUUGUUGAUGGAAAUGGCAAGCAGAAGGAAAAAUCUAAAUGCAGAUGUAGAUCACUCAAGCCAAAUUCACUUCCCUUCCUGGGUGCAUGAUCAAUAUACUGAUGGGAAGGACUUGGAGAUUGGAGAUGCAACAACAGAGGAAAAGAAAUUAAUUAAAAAAAUGAUCGUAACUGCCCUGUGGUGUAUUCAAAUGAAACCAAGUGAUCGACCUUCAAUGAAGAGAGUCACACAGAUGCUCGUAGGAGAUACUGAAUACCUAGAAAUGCCGCCAAAGCCUUCUCUAUGUCCACAACCAAUGCCUGCAAGCAAUUUGAUUCCAAUAUGUUCAAAUGUGGAGCUAACAUGUACUCUUUCAGCUAGGUGAUGAUCAGCUAGCUACCAUUCACUUUACUUCGUCUAGCUAAUGUAAUUUCAGAUUUUCUUAGAAUUGCAGAUUACUGUAAUAAUAAAAGAUGAACUGCCAACGAAGUUCAAAUAAUGUACUUCUCCAUUACUUUGCUGCC